GCGCGGGGAGGCGGCCGCGCGCCGGGAGGGCUGCCCUUGGUCCUAGCCCUUUGCCACCCCUCCCCUCUCCCUCCUAUCCAGCACCCCUGCCAGACUCAGGCUCCGGGCUCCGCCUCUCGCACCAGUUACUAUAGCAACUGACCGGCUUUUCUACAUCCUUCCCCUCCAGACCUCCAAUCCAAGACACACCCUGGCCCGCUGGUUGCUACAGCAACCGGCCCACCUCUGCGUCCCCCUCCCGUUCUAGCUCCUCCUUAGACCCCUUUCUCCCCAUCCCCAUGUGGUUGCUAUAGCAACAGGGAACCAUCCUGCACUUUGUCUCCCAUCCCUCCCUGGACCUCUUUCCCUCCCCUCCCCCGCAGCCCCGCUGGUUGCUAUAGCAACGGUGACCCACCACACCACAUCUCUAUUUAUUCUGCCCACCCUGGGUACUCCAAACUGCCAAUCCUGAAUCUCUUAUCUCCCCCUCCCCUCCCUAUGGGUUGCCAUAGUAAUCCUGUUAGCCUCAGUGAGUCUCCUCCCCAACCCCCAGACAAUCCCACCCCCUCCAACCAGUCUGGUUGGUUUCCAUGGCAACAUUUACUUGCCUCAAACCCUUUACACCAUUCCUCCUACCCUGAAAUUUUAGGGUUCCCUGGUCCAGGAUCAGUGGCUAGAGUGAGCCUUCAUUUGGCCCCCAAGGCCCUCCCCACACACAAUUCCCAUAGGCCAGUUGCCAUGGUAACUACCAUAGAGCUGUUACUAUGGUCACCUUAAUCUUGCCCCUUCCUAGACAUUUUCUGCUUAGUCCCUCCCCAGCUAUGCAGGCUGCCAUGGUACCCAGGCCCAGCACCACAUCUCGAUCCCGGUGGGCUAAUGCCCCGAGCAAGAAAGGGUGAUUGCCAAGAUGCUUCUCCUCCUCCCCCCCCCACCUCCAACCACACACAGCAGGAAAAGCAAUCAGCCUUGGGGAUUUCUAUACAUCUCUCUCCUAAAAAGGCUGCCAGGAUCCCGGGGCUAGCCCCACUUCCGAAAGCCAGAUGCGUCUCACUCGAUGCCAGGUCGCGCUGGCGGCCGCGAUCACCCUCAACCUCCUCGUCUUCUUCUAUGUGUCCCGGCUGCAGCAGCAGCGUCGGCGGGGGGGCCGGGCUGCCCGGCCUCCCCGGUUCCCCCACUCAGCCCCAGACUCUCGGGUCACUGUCCUCAUCCGGGAAUUUGAAGCCUUUGACAAUGCUGUGCCCGAGGUGGUGGCCUCCUUCCUGCACCACGACCCCACCCAACCCAUUGUCGUGGCUGCCGACACCCUCCCCUACCCGCCCCUGGCCCUGCCCGCUGUUCCCAACGUCCGGCUGGCACUGCUUCAGCCUUCCCUGGAUCGGCCCGCUGCCGCCUCCCAGCCCGAAACCUAUGUGGACACGGAGUUUGUGGCGCUGGUGCCCGACGGGACGAGGGCAGAGUCCCCCGGGCAGCUCCAGCGCAUGGCAGAAGAGCUGAAGAACACCCAUGCCCGGCUGGUGGCUGCCCCUGUGGCCACGGCCAACCCCCCCCACUGCCUGGCGCUGGAGGUGAAUCUCCGCGAGUGGACAGCCAGCUACGGGCCGGCCCCAGACCCGCCCUUCUGCGAUGCCCUGGACGGAGAGGUGGUGGUGGUGGUCAGGACGCGGGAUCUCUUCAAUCUCUCUGUGCCCCUGGCCCGGCCCAUGAGCACCAGCCUCUUCCUUCAGACCUCGGUGCGAGGCUGGUCGGUGCGCCUCCUGGACCUGCCCUUCGCCCCGGCCCGGCAGCCCCCCUUGGCCACGGCCCACGCCCGCUGGAAGGCCGAGAAGGAAGGGCGGGCCCGGCGUGACGCACUCCUGCGGACGCUGGGCAUUCGGCUGGUCAGCUGGGAGGGCGGGAGGCAGGAGUGGUUCGGCUGCGGCAAGGAGACGGCCAGGUGCUUUGACACAGUGGUGGGCGACACCCCUUCCUACCUCUACGAGGGCCGCUGGACGCCCCCCUGCUGCCUGCAGGCCCUCCGGGAGACUGCCCGGCAUGUCAUCGGCGUCCUCGAGGCUGCCCGGGUGCGCUACUGGCUGGAGGGAGGGAGCCUGUUGGGAGCGGCACGGCACGGCGACAUCAUCCCCUGGGAUUACGACGUGGACCUUGGCAUCUACCUCGAGGAUGUGGCCAACUGUGAGCAGCUGCGAGGGGCAGAGGUGGGCUCGGUGGUGGACGAACGGGGCUUCGUGUGGGAGAAGGCCGUGGAGGGAGACUUCUUCCGGGUCCAGUACAGUGAGACCAACCACCUCCACGUCGACCUGUGGCCCUUCUACCCCCGCAACGGCGUCAUGACCAAGGACACGUGGCUGGACCACCGUCAGGACGUGGAGUUCCCCGAGCACUUCCUCCACCCCCUGGUGCCCCUGCAGUUUGCAGGCUUCCUGGCCCAGGCGCCCAACAACUACCGCCGUUUCUUGGAGCUCAAGUUCGGGGCAGGGGCCAUCGAGAACCCCGAGUACCCCAAUCCAGCCCUCAAGAGCCUGGCGGGCAGCGGAUGAUCCUCCGUGCCAGGAACCAUCUCUGCCAGGAGGCUUGAGAAGCAUAGACCAGCUCCGAGGCCUGCAUGGAGAGGAUCGAGGCUGUCCAGGAAUGCUGGGGGUCAGGGGAGGGGAGCAAUAAAAGACCCCCUACUACUGGGCUGGCCCA